AUGUUGUGGCAAAAGGAGACAGCACAUCAAAGUUCAUUGUAUAUUGACCUGUGUCAAUCGCUGCCGAACCAUUCCAAACGAGUCGACGAAAUGUAUGAAAAAGUUCAAGCCAGUUUGGAGACCAACAAAGUUUUUUAUGUAAAAAGUGAUGAGGUGGCCGAGGAAUAUUGGCGACGCGGUAAUAAGAAAUAUGGCGAGAAAAAUUGGACAGAAGCGUUGGAAAAUUGGAACUUGUCGUUGUGUUUCGCUCAGAAACAAUCAAUAUUUCUUGGAUUGGCCUAUGGAAAUCGAUCUUCAUAUUUUCUGACGAUGAAAAUGUUCAAAAAUUGCCUGAUUGACAUUGAGCUCGCCAUAAAAAAUCACUAUCCACCGAAAAUGUUGGCCGGAUUGAACAAACUUAAGAAUAAAUGCGUGCAAUCAAUGCGAACGGAGAAGGACCAAAGUGAUUCGCUACACACACAUUUGGAUUUUGAAGCCAAUGCCAAUUUUUCGAGCUUAGCGUGUAUGGUGGAAAUCCUGUACAACAGUGAAUACGGUCGACAUAUCGUAGCCACCGAUGACAUUGAAGUGGGUAAAACGGUGAUGGUCGAGCAAAGCUAUCUGGGUGAAAGUGUUCGUGAAAAAUAUAAAACUUGUAUCAUUUGCCUGCGCACCAGAAGAAACCUCAAACCAUGCCUGCAGUGUACCAAAGCAAUGUUCUGCUUGGAUUGCGAGAAAAGUGAUCUACACCGUGCCGAUUGCAAUUUUCAUCUGGGACCGUUUGCUACUUUUCUUGACACUAGUUUAGUGCGAUCGAUUUGGAUGGCAAAAAAUGCGUUUCAAAAUGUGAAUCAAUUGAUUACUAUCAUUGAAAAAAUGCUGGCAAAUCAACCACUACCACCACUGUCUGAACGACAGUCGAAAUACCAGUCAUUUUUCAAUCUCUGUACGAAUCAAAACAGCGAAAUCAAAGCACAAAUGAUUUAUUUAAUGCAUCAGAAAAUUUUGAAACAGCCAUCAAUGCCUACAUUUUUCAAAACCAAAGGGCAGAAACGCUUUUUGAUGCAUUUGAUUUACCAUCACAUGAUGAUCAUCAGAAAUACGACGCAAACCAUACGGUGCAGAUCUAUCGAAGGCAAACAAUACAUCAAGUCACAUCAAUUGAGCAUCACCGCCUCGUAUUUUAAUCACUCUUGCGUGCCGAAUGUAUGCAUCAUUCAUGCAAAUGGCUUUAUCAACUGCGUCACCAUUCGGCCCAUUAGGAGAAAUGAACAACUGUUCGUGACGUACAUUGAUAACAUCGACGAAAUGUUCCCAGGCAAAGAGGACCGCCAAAAAGUGCUGCAAACCAGAUACAAUUUUCAGUGCGAUUGUGCACUUUGUACGAUGAAUGUGGCGUCAAUUUCGAUGAAACAACUUCAAGUGGAUGCAGACUACAAAUUCAUUCAAUCGAUGUUCAAUACCGAUUCAUUGGCCAAAGGUUUAUACAAUCGUCAACAAAUUGAAUUGAUGAAAGACAAAUGCUGCAGUUUUUUAACAAAGAACGGAUGGUGUGUUUGGUCCGCAGAAACCAGACACAUUGCAAAAGUGUUUUGCCAUUUAAUUCGUAGAUUAACAUUGAAAUUCAAUUAGAUUGAAUCAUUU